AUGAAGUUCAACAAGUGGGAGGAUCUGGCGAUCGAGUUGAGCGACGCCGUUCUUAAAACGUUGAAAGAGUUGAAAUUCGAUUCAAUGACACCAGUGCAGGCUGCCAGUAUACCCCUUCUGUUGACCGGGAGGGACGUUGCAGCCGAAGCCGUCACGGGAAGUGGAAAGACUCUGGCCUUUGUCAUCCCAAUGCUGGAGCUGAUGCAGAAAAGAGAAGAGAAGUGGAAGAAAUUCGAAAUCGGAGGAGUCAUUAUUUCGCCAACAAGGGAAUUGGCAACACAAAUCAGCAAAGUCCUUGGGCAGUUUCUUAGCAACAUACCGACCUUGAAACAGGUGCUGUUGGUUGGGGGUAACGCCAUCAAAGAAGACGUUGACAAAAUAAGGGAAGGCGCAAAUAUCAUAGUGGCCACACCAGGAAGAUUGGAGGAUCUUUUGACCAAUUGCAAAGAAAUUAAUUUAACUACAGCUGUUAAAUCUUUGGAGCUAUUAGUCUUGGACGAGGCAGACAGGCUGUUAGAUUUGGGUUUCAGUACAACGAUUAACACAAUCCUCGGUUUUUUGCCCCGUUUAAGGAGAACAGGCUUAUUUUCCGCUACCCAGACCAAAGAGGUGAAACAAUUGAUCAGAGCUGGAUUGAGGAACCCUGAGUGCGUGACCAUUAAGGAGACGGAGAAUGUGUCUACUCCGUCGACUCUAAACAACUACUAUUCGAUAGUCGAUCCCGACAAAAAGAUAGCGUUCAUCAUUAAUUUAAUCAAACAAAAGGGAACAAAGUAUAAAUACAUGAUUUUCUUUUCCACUUGUGCGUGUGUUGAUUACUUCAGCGAUGUUAUAAAAACGAUGUUAACUGCCACAAAAGUUUUGGCCUUACAUGGCAAGAUGAAAAGCAAGCGGCACAAGAUAUUUGACGAGUUUCACGCUCUUGAAAGUGGCAUUUUGAUAUGCACGGAUGUAAUGGCUCGAGGAAUAGAUAUUCCGGAAGUCGACUGGGUCAUUCAGUUCGAUGCACCAGCCACCGCAAGUAGUUUUGUUCACAGAUGUGGGAGGACUGCAAGAAUAGGAAACGAGGGCAAUGCUCUGCUGCUGUUGUCAGAAAUGGAGGACGCUUACAUCGACUUCUUGAAAAGAAAUCAAAAAGUAGAUUUGCAACAGCUCAAGAUGGAUUUGAAUCAGAAUUUUGUCGAAAAGUGCCUAAAGUGCAUGAGGAAGCUCCAGCAAAACGACAGGCUCGUGUUUGAUAAAGCGAAUCGUGCCGUCGUGUCGCACGUGCAAGCGUAUCAAAAGCACGAGUGCAAUUUGAUUUUACGCCUUAAAGAUAUGGAUUUGGGCCAGCUCUUCAUGGGAUUUGGCUUACUGAAAGCUCCUCGUAUGCCAGAAGCCAAAGGACGAGACUUAUCGUCGUUCGAGGGAGUAGACAUUGACGUUAAUGCGCUGGCUUAUAAGAACAAACAAAGAGAGACCGCUCGGUUACAAAAACUGAGUGAGUAUCAAAAAACGGGAGUUUGGCCUACGAGAGAGAAGAAAAAAAUGAAAGAAAAUGAGGCCUGGUCCGUGGCCAAAGGAAUGAGGCAAGAGCGGAAAGAUAGAAAAACUAGGCGCAAGAGCAAGCAAAGCAAGCGCAUGGAAAGCGGAGCUGGAAAGCGAAAGCGUCAGAAUAAGUUGAGCGAAGAAGAGGUUCAAGAGUUGGCCAACGAUAUUGCGUUGUUGAAGAAAUAUAAGAAAAAGAAGAUUUCAGAAGAAGAUUUCGAAGAAGCUUUUGGUAUAUGA